AUUAAUUGGUUAUUCUUCAAUACAACCAAAAGUGUGUUAGCCUUAACCAAAAAUUCGUCAACCAAUUAUUUUAGCUGUUACAACCAGCGUGUUUCAUUGGGCCAUAUACAACCAAAAAUUUCUGUUGUUUUAACCAAAUUUUUGGUUUUCACAACCAAACACUUUUCUGCGUGCAAUUCGUGGGUUGAGCGAUUCGAACGAAAACAUCGAAUUCGCCAACGAAAGAUAACGAAAUAUGUGUCCAAAAGAGAAAGUGCAACAAUAGAGGAAACCUUAGCUGCUGCGGAAAAUUUUCGCAUACAGACUCGUGACCUGAUAUCAAAAUUCAAUCCCAAUUUUGUCAUCAAUACUGACCAAACAGGGUGCCAAUAUCAGUCCACCUUUAACAGAACACUCGCAAACCAAGGAUCAAAGGUAGUUUUUGUUCAAAGGCAGAACAUGAAUAAGAUGACCCACUCCUACACAGCGCAGUACAGUGUCACUCUAUCUGGGAAAUUGUUACCCCUAGUUUUUGUGUGCCUACAAGAGCCACCAGGUUCAUUUGGACCCAGAGUUCAGAAAUCGGUGGACGAGUAUGUCCAAAAAUAUCGUAACGUCGUCGUCACAUCGUCGAAAUCGGGAAAGCUGACAACGAAUUUAUACAAAAAUUUUUUAAUUAAAAUUGUAAAGCAAUACGUGGGAGAGGAAAGGUUUCUCUUACUCGUCGAUUCUUGGGGAGGACAGACCAAGCCGGAGAUGUACGAUGAAAUUUUUUUAGACGAUAAGCGUCUGCCAACAUGCAUUGUUAAAUUUAUUCCCCCGAAAUGUACCCCUUUGGUCCAACCUUGUGAUGUAUAUUUUUAUAGACAGGUAAAAAAUUUCAUAAAGCGUCUUCAAAAUUGCGCCUACUUGAUCGAACAAGAACGCGAAAUUAAUUCCCGAGAAGAUUGCAUUAAAAUUCAAUCUAUUGCACAUCACCAGCUGUUCUCUCCAAUCUUUAAGAACAUGAUUCGAUACGCGUGGUUCGCUUCAAACCUUUGUGAUGACAGAGACAUUUUUAUGAACGUCAAUGAAGUAUGUUUUCCAAUAGACAUUUUAAAAAAACCUUGCGCCUGUAAAAUAUCUGCGUUCGUACGGUGUGCUAGAUGCCGUGAAACUUAUUGUUUCCCUUGCUUUUACGAUAAAUAUCAUCCUGGUUCGUGCAAUAUUGACGUGUAAAACGACUGUAUACAA